AGAGUAUAAAGGAAGGCCUGGUUUAAACAUCCUAAUCAAGGAACACUCUCUCAGGCUCCACUACAGAUUCUCAGAGAGCAGUAGACAGCUAAGCAAUCCAAAAUGCUGCAUCAUUUUGUGGUACUCUCUGCCCUUUGUGCCAUGAGCAUGACUAUGCCUUUACCUGAGUUUUACUCAUACUCCCCUGCUGUUGGGGACGGCAGUGGAACUGAAUUUUCCACUGCACACAAGGAUCGCAUCACUGGAGUCAGAGUUUAUGAAUAUCCCUACUAUGGAUACUACUCCAACAACUACAUCAAUGGGAUCCAGUUGAGAUAUGGCAGUAACUGGACAGACCUGGUUGGUGUGAACUAUAAUAGGAAUGAAAAGGAAAUGACACUACACAACAAUGAGCAUUUUGUUCAGAUCUCUGGAAAGUAUUAUUCUGGUUACAUCAGUGAGCUUAUGUUUGUCACUAAUGAGGGGCGUUCUUUUAAAGUUGGGCAGCCUUAUGGAAUUUCAUUUAACUUCUACCCAACCCAUGAUGGAAGUGAACUACGUUUCAUCAGCGGUCGUCAGAAUGGAUUUGCCCUCACCUCCAUUGGUGCUCAUUGGGCGGUCUACUACAAUUCCACUUCAUAAAGUCAGAAAUGUGUGUAUGUGAAGAAAAGCCAGUUCUUUUAGCCUAAUCAUGCAUGUUUUUCCUAAGCUCUUUAUGAGGGAUGGCAUUUUGGGACUUUCUGAGCUUUCAGCAUUAUUUGAAUGGUUUCUGGUUAAGAAUUUACUAAUUAAUUAACUAUACACUGAGAAUACUAGAAUGAAAUUGUUUUAUUCCUAAUGAUGUUUUAUGGGCUACUCCUUUAACAUAAUAAUUCCUGAAGGCUCUUGUGAAUUUAGAACAAAAUUAGUGAGAUCCAUUAAAUAUUCCUAACUAAUAUUAACCUGAAUUACAUUUUUAUGUUUAAUGUCACUACUAUGACUGUUAAAGAAGGACAAAGAAGGUGGGUGACAAAGAAGGGUGUCAACCCAAAAACCAUUGUCAGCCAAAAAUGGAUGAUUUUCCAAGUUGGACAAACUCUCCACAGAACGUAUAUUCAUAUCCCGAGGGCUGAUUUUUAUUAAAGCUAACUAUUAAACUAAUUAUUAAUUAUUGACGUUGAUUUUAAUUAAAACAACUGAUAAACUCUUUUAUGUUACAUGAAGAUCACAAUAAAACUGCCUUAUUAAAAGA